ACACGCACGCAUACUGUCAUUGUCAAGUUAUGAGCGCUGUACACCACGGUCGAAGAAAGACCCAAUUCUUUACAGUGUGUGAAAAUUGAGCGGUGUCGGCUUAUUCGGAAGCCUGAAGCGUUGCAUAGGUUUUUCUGCAAAAAAGUCAGUGAAGGACGCGAUUAAGAGUAAACGGUUGGAUUGCAACAGAGCAUCCCGAGCUGGUGCAGUGUUUCGGUCCGGUAGCUCCCGCUGACCUGAAGCGUCCGUAGUGUAGUACCACGAACGGUGCAGUAGUGCAAUGGCGUUCAAUCAGAAAAAUCCGCCAUGGCAACGGAAUGCUGGGCAUCAGAGUAUGGCGAAUAUGCAAGCGAUCGUAAGCUUCCCGCAAGCGCAACCCGUCUACAAUCCCAACAUAGGUCUGCAGCAGCAACAACAACAGCAGCAGCAGCAACAGCAACAACAGCAACAACAACAACAUGCACAGCAACAGCAGCAGCAGCAGCAGCAGCAGCAAAACAUUUCCAUUCUACCGCAGAUGAGCAUUCAACAGUCGGCCAUCUACUCCCAGACGGUUCAAUAUCCCACGUCCCGGCCAAUCAAUGCGAUCGGUUACCAAAACCAGCCCCAAACGCAACCGGCGCCCCAACCGCAACAAGUGAAUCCGAACUCACCCAAAUUCAAUCCCAACAAUCGCGCGUUCAGCGGUACCGGGCUGGUAACGAAGCUGCAGAACGAUUACGGCAUCAUCGACGAGCAAGUGUUCUUUCAUACCAAUACCUGUGUGAAGGGUAUACUGCCGAAGGUAGGUGACCGGGUGCUGGUCGAUGCCGCCUACAACCCGAACAUGCCGUUCAAUUGGAACGCUUCCCGCGUCCAGGUACUGCAAACCACCAACCUGAACUCCUCGAUGGCAUCGCACACGAACGCGCCGACGGCACGGGCCCACACCAGCCCGGCGUACGCAUCGAAUGCCGGGUCGCAAAAGAGUGCGUCCGAUACGCGCUCAAACGUACGCAAUCGGUACAACAACAAUAGCAACAACAACAGCAACAGCGCACCGGCACGGAAGUCACCGGAUCGUAGCAUGCGCCGGACGUCCAAUUCACGCACGAAGGAUGAUUAUGACGAUAUGGAGCGCAGACGCGGAAAGCGGGACGAUCGCGAACCUGACCGGAGUUCGUACCGGGAAAAGCCUCGGGCUCGCUCACCGGAGCGACCACGGGAAAGGGAACGCAGCCCGGUGAAGAAGCAUUCACCAAAACGGGCUCGCCUUCGUUCGGUGCCACCGUAUAUGGUUCAGGUACCGAAGCAGUUGUUACCCAUCAAAACUGUCAGCAUCCUGGAGCUGCGCGCCCGCUACCCAAAGCUGUACAUCCCGUCCGACUUUUUCCUAGCGGAGGUCGGUUGGCCGAAAGCGUUCCCGCCGAGCGCACCGCUACCGCUGCAAACCGGUUGCCACUUUCAUGUGUUUAACAAGGAGGUGGAGCGGCCGUUGCCGCUGGAAAAAACGGUACUCGAUCCACUGGACGCGGACUAUCUGUACAGCGUGAAGGUGAUGCUGAUGAGCACGCCGGAGCUGGCGGAAAUCUAUAAAAAUUGCUUCUACCGCAACGAGAAGGAGCGUCGGGACGAGGCGCGCAACUAUCUGCAUCCGACGCGCAUGGUUAACUUUCUCGUUGGUGCGCGGGGCAAGAACGAGCUGAUGGCGGUCGGUGGCCCCUGGUCACCGUCGCUGGACGGGGCGCAUCCGGACACCGACCCGAAGGUACUGAUGCGGACGGCCAUCCGCACCUGCAAAGCGCUCACCGGGAUCGAUCUUUCUGCGUGCUCGCUAUGGUACCGUUUCGUGGAUAUCUAUUACCGUCGCACUGAAUCCUACCAUAAAGGUCGUUUGAUUCCGCCGCGCGUUGAAACGGUGGUCGUAUUUCUGCCCCGUAUGAGUGCCUGCAUACCAGCGGAAAGCCAGUGGGGCAAGAUACAGCAGAAUUACCAACUUCAGUUGGAACACAUUCUUAACAGUAGCAACUCUAGCAGCGGUGGCGAUGACGCCGUUAGCGGCGCCACCGUACAGGAGGAGGAGCAGACAGUACCAGCAGCAGCAGCAGCAGCAGCACCAGUGGCCGAACCGUCCUCAACGGCGUCACAGAAUUCUAACAGCAAGGAGGACGAGGUUGCCAAGUCCACCGGGUCCGCUAGUGUUGCGGUGGAACCGUCGGCGGGUGCGGAACCGGCGGCGGAUCAGCAGCAGUCGAACGCUUCUGCGCUGGAGUCCACGACAACAACCGAUGCUGAUCCGGCAACAGCACCGGCACCGGUGAGCGAGGGGAACGGAGGAAACCCGGGCGACGGUAGCAGCAGCAGCAGCAGCAGCAGCAGCGGCACCAACAGUAGCAGCACAAUAAUGCCGCCCACGGACACGGCGACGGCAACGGUGGCCCCCCCGGCGGCGGAAGCGGACACGGAGAUGCUGCUGAUGGAGUACAAAAAGAUGAAGGUGGCUGAGCUGAAAACGGAGCUGACCAAUCGCAACCUACCGACCGAUGGUAUCAAGGCGGUACUGCUUGCCCGUCUGUCCGAAGCGAUUAUUGAAGAGAAGCAAGCUGAAAAGUUUAUAGCUGCCAAUGUAAGCGAAGAAGAAGCAGCAGCAGCAGCAGCAGAAGAACCUGAUUCAAACGCAUCUACCGAGGUUGCUGCUAAGGUUGAACCAUCCGUGGAUGUGAAACCCGAAACCGAACCCACCGAUGUGGAGAUGCAGGAUGCGACGGACGCAAAAGAGCAACCGGACGCCGAAGCGAACGAAAGCAAACCGAAAACGCCAUUGGCUGCUGCUAGUGCAGCCCCUUCAUCGGAGGUGAUUAAACCGAAGCCGGAGGCUGUCACGCCGACGGCUGCAGCACGCAAAAAGGAACCGACCGUCGUGGUAAAGCUGAGCGAGAAGGAGCGCAAAAACUUCGAACGCUGGUACACGAUGCCGAAGGAACCGCACGUGCUGGUGCAUCCUUCGCGUACGGCCAAGUCGGGCAAGUUCGACUGUUCCGUCGUGUCGCUGUCAGUGCUGCUAGACUAUCGGCCGGAGGACACGAAGGAACACUCGUUCGAGGUGGCACUGUUUGCGGAACUGUUCAACGAUAUGUUGGCGCGCGACUUUGGUUUCAAGAUCUAUCGCGAGCUGCACAAGCUAGCGAAACGUGCGAACGACAAGUCGGCGGAAGCAAGGAAGGACGGUACGGCGGUACCCGGUACGGAAAGCGCCAAAGGUGGUGGUGAGACGAGCAAUGGGGAGGACAGCAAGCAGAGCUCGACCGAUAAGCAUGAAAGUGCUAGAGGGGGGAAGGACGAUAAGGAGGCGAGCGAUAGGAAGCGCCGGCAGCGUAGCGUGGACGAGGACCAUCGUUCCACCAAGCAGGACACGGAACCGGCCCGCUUUUACACCGUACAGCCGGAACUGUUGCUGUCGUUCGUGUACUUCGACAUUACCCAGUGCGGUUACAUGGUCGAGAAGGAUCUAGUGGAGUUGAUUUACAGCCUGGGGUUGAAUUUGUCACGUUCGCAAAUACGCAAAACCGUCGGUGAUGUGGCCGCCGCCAAACACACGCUGCACUACCGCCAGCUCACCGACAAGGUGCUGGAUGGGGACAAACCGCACAGCGGUACGGACGCGGUGACCGGCGACGGGGCGGAGAACGAUCUAACCGAACAGCAAGCACUGGAACUGGCGCUUGGCAAUACCGACUACAGCCGUCAGCUGCAGGCGAGCGUGCUGCAGCUGGUGAAUGGAGACGAGUCAACGCGCGAGCCAGCAUCGAAGAAGAUCAAAACCGAUCCCGAUCUUCCGUCAACGUCGGAUGGUUUGGUCGAGUAUAACGGUACGAUUGUCGAUGUGGGCAAAAGCUUGGAGCAAGCGAAACUCGUCGAACAGGCACGGGAACGGACCGAACGGUCGCUCGAGAUGGUGCGCACCAUGAACGAGGAGCUGACGAACAGCAACAAACGCGCCACGCAGCAAAUUAGCGAACUGGUGGCAGAUUUGAAGGCGGCGAAGAAAAAGCUGAGCGACAACGAACAAACUAUCCGCGAUUUGACGCGCAAGAACACCGAAUACCAUUCGAUCUUAACCAGCGUGUAUGACCGCGUCCGCCCAGUGGUGAGCGUACCCGACCGUAAGCGGUCCACGUCCACCGUUUCAAUCACCAAGCGGGAAAGUUCGAAGGAAAAAACGGUCGCACCGAAAGAUAAGGAAGCUGCCACUGGUGCCACUUCCCAGGAUGGGAAGAAAACGGACAAACCGGUCAGCGAGACGGAUAAAGCGCGGCGUGAAACAAGUACCGUGGCGCAGGGUGGCGAACGGACCGAGGACUCGUCAUCGCAGCAGCGCGUCGCAAAGGAUGGUGCGACGGUGAACGAUACGGAGCAUCCGGACGGUGCCACUGUUGCUGCUAACACUGAAAAUCACGAAUAGGGUACGGUUUCUGGUUUAUUUUUUGGUUUGCUUAUCGUAUCAUCCCCCCCACCCCCCCCCCCCCCCCCUCCCUGCCGGGACCAUCAUCGCAAGGGGCGGACAUCGUCCUAUGACCAACGGCAAGCUUGUAAACGCGGCCGUUAUAUUAUUUAGUUUUUCCUUUACAUUUACUUCAAACGAUUGGACUACCUUCUAUUAUAUCGAUUCAUCAACAAAGCAUGCAACCCCUCGGUAUGGGUGGGUUGCUGUGCUGCGAGCGAGUUUUUUUUUUUCAAACAAACUUGAAAAAUAGCACUUAUAUGUAGCGAUUGUUGCUUGCACACAAUCGAUACAAUGAAUGCUCUUUCCUCAACAUUAACCAUUCAGUUAAGAAAUAAUUUUCUGUCAUGUUAAGCCGCACUCCCCUGGGAAUGGGGGUGCUUGUGUGUAUGAACUUUAUAAUUGCACCCUACCAAAUCUACUAAAUUCUCCCAUGAAAAAAAAAACACAAACAAAAGGGUUAACGGUUAAAAUUUUGAAUAAAUCACAACGAACUCCUUAAUCUCCUGCCGGGAUGGCACGUUUUCCCUUUCCUUUGUACUUUAUCAAGAAACGUUCCUUAGUUAUCUUUUCAUGUUUUUUUUUGCUUAACAUCCUCGCCAACCAAUCGGCUUUAGUUUUGUCUUUUUUUUGUCUUCUUUUUUUAUUAAUUUGACACAUGAUGAGUCUGAUAAGUUUGCUGUAAAGGAUAUUUUAAACAACAAAAAAAAAAGAACGGUGUUACAACAAUCGAUUUAAUAAAGUAAAGUUUAAAUGUGCUCUUUUACAGACGAAAACAAAAGAAAAACAGUUUGUAAGAGUGAAAAACAAAA